CUUUCUCUCUCAAAUAAAUAAAAUCUUAAAAAAAGGCAAGUAGAACAUAAUCCCAUUUAUAUAGAAAAUAUAAUCUAAGAUGCAUUUGCUUUCCUUCUCUACCUUUGGAGACACUUAAGUUCCUUCCUGUGAAGAAGAUUGUGUGUGUGAAUUCUGGGCAGCCCCCUAAAUGAGAUUUGCAGGUUAUGGGAAUCGGUGGAUUCCCUUUCUUGCAGAAGGUUCUCGUACAGAGCUCCCAGGCCAGGGUGUCAGGGGGUGCUGGGCUUGAAUUCUGGCCCUUGAGCUCAGCAGGCCUGAGAAGUUGGGCAGCCCACACCCCAGUUCCGGGCCUCAGCCCACCAUCCAAAGUGCCUCCCAGGCUUCUCGUGGGAACCGAAUGGUUAAUGCCUGGCAUGGGUCUGGCCCCAUCCCUGUUACAGGUUUGAUUUUUCAUCAGUUUUUCCUCUCCUGGCUCCUCCCUCCCUUUCCCACCCAGGAAACCCUACUCUGCCCUCUCCUCUUCCCUCCUGCUCUGACCAUGGUGGCCAAGGCCCCCCGGGGAAGCUCAUGAGCCAGGACUCAGUGGGAUUGAGCAAGAGCAGAGAAAUGGGCUCCUCUGGACCCAGCUGUGCAGUGCUGGGGACACAGUUCUGGGAACUUCAGACGCAGGAAGUGAAAGGGGGUGUGGGCGGAGGCGAUAGGCAAACUGCACCUCUGGUCCCUUCUGGCCUGGCUCCCUUCUCCAGAAUGGUAAAAAUGAGGAAGUCAGGGGGGCUCCAGACGAGCGGAAAGGGAGUAGAUACACCCCGGAGGAGGAGAGCAGAGCUGCCCCGUACCCACCCCCCACCGCACGCAAUCUUUGCCUGAGUCCCCGCUCCAAUCCCUUCUGCACUUCACCGCCUGAAGACGGGGACACGUGAGAUCCCAGCUGACAGCCUGCUGGGUUCUGGUCACAGGUGACUCCUCCCUCACUGUCCCCACCUCCGCUCUCCAGGAUUUCGUGUUUUUCCAGUUUUGGUCAUUACUGCACAAGGAACCCCAAAAUUGCAGCCUUCGGACAUUCUGCAGCUCUGACGGCCCCCGUCUCGGUCUGAGCAUGUCAGUGCAGUAUGAAAAAUUCCAGCCCUUGGAGAGUGAGAAGCAAAGCCAGCGGUCUAGAAAUGGGCUGCCUCCUCCUCUGUCCUUCCUGCACUGGCUGUGCUCUGGCCCCCGGCCUCUCCUGUUCUCCCUGGGCCUCAGCCUCCUCCUGCUGGUCGGCAUCUGUGUGAUCGGCUCCCAGAAUUCCCAGUGUCGGAGGGACCUGGUGACCCUGAGAGCAACUUUCAGCAACUUCACUGCCAACACUGGGGCGCAGGUCCAGGCACUGAAAUCCCAGGGUGGCCAUUUGCAAGAAGUGAUAACAUCUCUGAAAGCCGAGGUGGAAAAUCACAAGCAGGGGUUGCAGGCAGCCCGUAGCUUGAACGACAAGGUGUUUUCCCUGGAGAGCAAGCUGGAGCAGGAGCAGAAGGAGCUCAAAGCAGGUCAUUCCGAUACCCUCCUUCGGGUCCAGCAGUUGGCCAGAGACCUGAGAUCCCUGACGUGCCAGUUGGCCGCUCUCAAGAACAACGGCUCUCAAAAUACCUGCUGCCCCCCUAACUGGCUGGAGUACGGGGGCAGCUGCUACUGGUUCUCGGGCUCUGGGAAGACCUGGGAGGACGCCGACAGGUACUGCCAGCUGGAGAGCGCGCACCUGGUGGUCAUCAACUCCAGAGAGGAGCAGACUUUUGUGCAGGGCCAUAUCGGCUCAUACACCUGGAUGGGCCUCAGUGACCCUGAAGGAGUCUGGAAAUGGGUGGACGGGACGGACUACGAGACCAACUUCAAGAACUGGAAGCCAGGCCAGCCGGACGACUGGCACGGGCACGGGCUCGGCGGGGGCGAGGACUGCGCGCACUUCCACCCCGACGGCAAGUGGAACGACGAUGCCUGCCAGAGGGCCUACCGCUGGGUGUGCGAGGCCAGCCUGGGCACCGCCAGCUAGCGCGGCGGCCGGUGCUUCCCGCAGAACCGCUCAGCCGGCGGGGAGCGGGAGGGGACCUUCCCGUGAGACCCCUCACGAGACCCUGGGGAGAGGAAUGAGCCCAUGGACGUCGGGGCGCUGCCACCAUUUUGAAUGUUUUUCUCCUUGGCGUCCAGAAGACUCUCUAGAGUUCAAGGGUUUGCUUUUUUAACCUCAGCUGCGUGGAGGUAUAAGACAUUAGAGCUGUACGUCAUUGUGAUUUGAUAAACAUAUACCCUGGGAAGGGGUCCCCCGUCCAGUUAAUAGCUUCACAUAUUCAUCUCGUGUAUGUGAGAACACGUAAGUUCUGCUCUCUUGGUAAAUUCCAAUUAUACAAUAUGUAAGCAACUGUGGUCACCCUGAGAUCCUCAGACCUUAUUCAACUAAGAGGUGCAAGUCGGUGAACCGCUCCCGAUUUCCGCACUCCCCAGCUCCACCAUCGUACUCUCUCUUUCUCUGAAUUUGACCUUUUUUUUUUUUUCCCCGAUCCACAUUCUGUUUAGAAUGGUGCGGUAUCUCUGUCUCUCUGGCUUAUCCACUUGGCAUAAUGCCCUCAAGGUCCAUCCCUGUUGUUGCAAAUGGUAGGAUUUCCUUCUUUCUCAUGGCUGGACACUGUUGCCUUGUAUACCCACACCACAUCUUUAUCCAUGCACCCACUGAGGGACAUUUCAGUGGUUUCCAUAUCUUGGUUAUUGUGAAUUAAUGCUACAAUGGAUAUGGAAGGGCAGAUGUCUCUUUGAUACUCUGUUUCCAUUCCCUUUGCCUACAUGCCCAGAAAUGGCAUGGCCGGAUCACAUGGCAGUUCUAUGUUUAAUUUUUUGAGGAAACUUCUUACUAUUUUCCAGAGUGGCUGUAUCAGUUUGCUUCUCCCCAGCAGUGCAGGAGGGUUCCCUUUCUCCGUAACUUUGCCAAUGUAAGUUUUUUUUUUAAUCAUUUUUUUUAAAGAUUUUAUUUAUUUGACAGAGAGAGACACAGCGAGAGAGGGAACGCAAGCAGGGGGAGUGGGAGAGGGAGAAGCAGGCUCCCCGCCGAGCAGAGAGCCCCCCCAUGCAGAGCUCGAUCCCAAGACCCUGGGAUCAUGACCUGAGCCGAAGGCAGAUGCUUAACAACUGAGCCACCCAGGCGCCCCCAUUUUUUUAAAUCUUAAAAAUCAACUUUAUUGCGAUCUAAUUCCUACACAAUAAAAUAUACCCAUUUAAAGAGUAGAGAUGACUUUAGACAAAUGUAAAUACCUAGGUAACUACCACCCAAUCUAGAUACAGAGCAUUUCCAUCAGCCCAAAGUUUCCUUACCCCGCCCCCCUUUGCUGUCUACCCUGCUUCCUGUGCCUAGGCAGCCAAUGAAUGACCUGCUUUCUUUCGCUAUUCACUGGUUUUGCCUAUUCUAGAAUUUCACAGGAUAUACUCUUUUGCGAAACCUUAUGUAUUUCACAUUGCCUGAUUUUCAGCAAUCUUAACAUAGCAGAAUGGAGAAAGCUAAGUGAGGCCUUGGGCAGUCCUAUGUUACUGUGAAAAGAGCAUUUCCUUUUUACAUACAUUUGAGUUCAAUUCUUUUCCAUCGCUUAAAAGCCGUGUAAACUUAGGCUGAUAAGAAAAGGCAGAGCCCAGAGCUGUCGGGAAAAGCCGGUAAGAUGCUCAGGUGUAUUGGUUAGCGAUCACUGCGUAAAAAACCACCCCAACUAGCAGGGGCUUGAGGCAAAAACCACCAUGGAACUGAUACAAAACUAGAGGUAGAAGUUAUAUUUGAAAGAAGUCUUACUUCUGGAAAACCUAUCUGCAUAGUUUUUCCUCAAGAAAAAUAAAAUAAGAGCUGGAUGACACAAAAGAACAUGGCA